GUUCAUCUCGGCACCAGACCUAAGGCGGUUCAACAUAAUACGCUUGCCCUAAAGAGCUCCAGAUGCCAAGAAUUGGCAAAUUACAACUUUGGUUUCCGUGGGUGGUCAAAAAGGAUCAUCAAGCUUCAGGAUCUUUCUAACCUUGAAAAAAGGGAAAAUACAGAUAUUGUGACACCACUUCAGAAGCAAAGCCUGAAGUUCUUCUGUGCUUUAGAGGUGGUGUUGCCCUCCCACGAGUGCAGGAGUCCUGGAGUUGGCAUGGCUGAGGAACCUUUGGAUAAGCUGGAGGAAGGUCUGCUUUCCAGGUCAUUAUCAUUCCUUAUGGGAAGGAAGGUAACUCAGAAGCUUUCUAUUCAGAAAGCUAUGACAGAUGCCUUCCAGAAAUUGCUGAAUGUGGUUUUAGGUAAGACCUUUUUGAUUGUCCUUGAAGUACUUCAGUUUUAGUGAGCAAAUAAACUUAUGUGAAAAGUGAAUUGGAUGAAAAUAAUGGUUAUCUAAAACAUUACAUAUUCUUUCAUUCACCAGAUGCUUUCACAGCAGCAGUCUUACAUUUGUUCUUUGCGGCAUUUAUGAGAAGAACGACAGCACAUAUUAUUGUCCCCAGUGUUUAGAUGUAGAAUGACUGGCCUCAGUUCAUACAGAAAGUGUUUGAUCCAGUUCUUCCUCAAUUGCUUGCUUCUCAUACAG